UAUAAAACUAGAGAUUUUAUAAAUUUCACGAUACAAUUUAUUAUGUGAGAGUAAAACGUUUUUGUGACUGAAUUUGCCUGAGGGAAGCAGCUCAUUACUGCGAGAAUAAUAAAUUAUAAUAAUUUACAAAGAUUCCAUACUCAAACGUACCCUAAAGUGUACCGUACAUAGAAAUAGAACAACUUCGUCUCUAGCUAGUUAGGUUGUUCAGUUGUACAGUGCGAAUGUGAAAGUAAACAUUGUAAUUCAUUUAUUCAUAUAGCUUGCUUGUAAGCGUGUUUUAGCACCGGAUGUAUAAUAUGUAAUCGCUAUUUCAAAGAAUUGAACAAUAGAUCUCUUUGGUUAAGGGUUAAUCAGGAACCAAGUUCCUGGAACUAUAAAUAACACCUUCAUCAAACAUAUUAUGCAAACACGCAGACUAGAGGCAGGCUGUUUAUAUAAAGCGGUUAUACUGAUACCUUGUCUGCUGUUAUUCAGAGAAGUCAACUGGAGUUGUCCGCAAUAUGAUACAGGCAAAAUAAACUAAGUAACUGACUUAGAAUAUAGACCAACCCAGUGAACUCUACUAUGGCCAACAAGGAGCGAACAGUUGCAAUCGUCAUCAUUACAGUAAAUGCAGUGGUUUCAAUUUUACUGGUAAUGUCUGUCGUUUAUUUAUUCUUCCAAGUCAGCAACUUACAAGAAGAGAACAAGAACCUACGAAAUAAAUGGCAGAAACUACAAGUUCUACAUGAAUGUGACGAGAAGACGGAUCACAAAGAGGUAAAUAACUGCGUAUUAUCUGUAAUGUAGUGAGGCAAAGGUCAAAUAUUGCUAUGUAUUGUUCUAUAUAACCAGAAGGUCGCCUUUUAUAGUGUUGUGGCGAACUGCUACUGUAUGGAAUUAAACCGAUAGAUUAAUCGACGAAUAUUUGUUAUUUAGAGAAAGACCAUCAAACAGAAUGAAAAAAUACGUUGUGGUAAGCAGGCUAUUUAAUAUUUCUUGCAUAUUUAAUAGGACGCAACGACCGCCAAGGGCAAGGCUAUCCUAUAUGUUAUAACUGUAGAGGUACUCAAGUGUUAUUUAUAUCAUCUAGUGUUUGAUUGUACAACUAGAGCCUAUAUCUUCACAACUAAAAUGAAUUUUUAGCUCCUAUACAAGAAAAUGAAAGCAAAUAUGCAGCGAACUGUAGUAGAAUACCAGCAAUGCUAGUGAAAGACAAUACAAAUCCUAAGCACAGGUGAUAUACAUACAUGUACGUCAAUUAAUGACAAAUCUCUCAAAUAAAUUAUUUUGAUGUGAGUAGCUUGCCAUGCAGGCAAACUUAAUUUAUGUUCAAUCGUCUCUUUACUUUCGUUCACCAUUGCAUGUUUGCGAUCUUACAAAGACAAUAUUCAAUUUCCAGCACGGCAGGGCUCGCAAGCACAAUGUUAUUGUCUUACAAUCAUCUAUCUAUAAAUACUUCUAUGGGGAAAACAUGAAUGCAGAGAAUAUUUUAUCAUCGUCCUCAUACCCAAGGUUUAUACUGCGCUUAUUGGUUAACCAAACGUAGGGACUACAAGCAACCAAAUUACUGCAAUUUACAAGAGCAAACAUUUCUAAGUAAUAUAUUUUGGUUUAGGAAUAUAAAGUAUUUGACACUUUGUUGCAUUGCAGCAACACUUCACGGUUAGCUAUUACGCCAAUAGCUGCAACGGCAUGCUGCGGUUGCGACGGACAAAAAAUACCGGCCAGCCCAGUCGAAAAUUUGGCCAAAUUUCCGACUGGACUGGCCCGGUUAACAGGGAUGAUUCGUUUAAUGAGCUCUCAUUUUAUCGCGGCUUUAAUAAACAUCCAAAAUGACAUAAUAUUAUUUCAAAGUUCAAUUAGCUUAAUUGAUGCCAAUAACAUGCAGUAUAAAAGUUCAUUCAAAUUAUAUUUCAGCAUGGUCAAGAAACAUUUUCGCACUCCGGCUAGUCGGUUUGGCCUGGCUCAUAUGAACAUCCUCUUUGGGGAUAAAAUCUUCAUUAAAUUUUCGAACAUGGUUUCCAUAUCUGCAAAAUAUUCAGCAUCCCAAGAUUUCACCAAACUACCAGUUUCGUAAAAUGUCUUUAAUUUAACCACGAAAUUUUGUAAGGCAUCAAUUAACAGCUAAAGGCCUCAUCUUUAUCCGAAACAUGCCAAAGUUAGAUUUAACCUUUUUAUGCACUUGACGUUGUAUGUAUAUAUAUAUGUUGCAAUUAAUACAUUUACAAUAUGAUGCAAAUGAAGUAGCAAGGCCUAUUAUCGAUUCAGUCUGUAUAAUAUAACCGCAUAUAUGAUAAGCGUACAACCUUUUUAUAAUACACAAAAGCGUACAACGUAGGCUACUGUAAUUAUCAGAUUUUGGAAAGAACGUUUACUGCCUACUGCUAAACGCAAUUUUCAGGUUUUGAGUUUGAAAUAAAACCAAAUUUGAUAAACUUUAAGCAUCAGUAAAUAAAGGUGGAUAAGUACUAGGAAUCGAUUUCCGCCGAAACAGGAACUAACCAAAAAGUGUGAUCUGGCCACAACCAGAAAGCACUCUAUAUACCGCGCUACGGUAUUAGGUAUACUUUCCACACUGGUGGACUAUAUCUACACUUCCAAUAUCAUGAACUAUAUCUUUCAAAAUGGAUCGAAAGCGCCUAAAACAAGACAUGCGGCUCAAGUAGCAGCUAAUUACAAUGAUCCAAAUGAGUAACCAUGCACAUUAAAAUCAUCAUAAAUUGUAUUUCAUCACAUUUUUUAUAGGUAUAAAAGGCAAGCGUGGAAGACCAGGUAAAUUGACUGCUCAGUUAUGUUCUUAUUGUGUACAAAUUAUGUGGCGACGGGGAAUGGGAAGGGAAUAAGCGGGCAUUGAGCGGGAAAUGGGACGGGAAUGAGCGGGGAAUGCUUAGUGGCCUACGUAAAUAAGCUAGAUUCUGCAGUAUGGCGGGGGAAAAAUUCAUAAAUAGUGCGGCCGCUUGGGUUGAAAGCACGCCCAGGACGAUACAUGAUACAUCACAUCAAAAAAUAAUAGAGCGCAAAUUAAUGGGCCCAGAGCUUCACUGUACCACAGCGCUAAUACUUACCUUUUUCAGGUGUUAAAGGAGAUCGAGGCGAGAAAGGCGAUCCUGGGAAUGACGGUGUUGGUAUGUCUGGAAAAGAUGGAAUGAAGGGAGAGAAAGGUUAGACUAAAUGACAAUUAAAAUUAUACAAAAGACAUGUACAGGGGAAAGGUCCCCUUCUGACGUGCGCACGCAGUGGUCGGUUCCCCCACAAUUUCACUCAGUGUCUCUAAUAUUAUAUACAUUGAAUAUGGCUGCAGUAGGAGUGCCGGGUGUCAAUCAUCAAGUGUACACACGAGCGAAAGACUUCGACUAAGAAACAAAGGUCUGACGAGGAGUAACGCGGAACUUGGCAGGGGUUAGGAUGAGGAAAAAUAUUGAAUCGAAUGUGGGAGUUGAAAAAGAACCUUUCAACUGUUUGAGUCCCGCAGCCUAUACAUGCAGUACGAGACUCGUCAAGUGAAAUAUGUGCAGUAUUAAAUGAUUAUAUUAAAAUUUGAUGGGUUUUGGUAACGUUUUCAGCAUCGCAAAUCCUCUUUAGAAAUACCAUCCAUCUUCCUAAUGCAAUGCAGUGAAAUGCAACAUUUGAUCAUAUUUUUACAUUAUAUAUAGGUGAUCCGGGAAUUUGCAGUGACUCUUGUGGACAAAAUUUGUUGGAAAACAAGGAAGUACGUAUUGUGAUGCGUGAUUAUAUAUUUAACAGUUAUUCUACGCCUAUCGCUCAUAUUAGACGAGAGUGAGUGGGAUAACUGUUUUAUUAUAUACACAAGAUCUGAAUUCACAGACUUUGCUUUUCUUUUAUUUUCAAUAUUUUUCUAUUUUGUUUAUGUUGUUAUAUUCGCUCUUUCGGCCCAUUAUUUUUUCAAAAAUAUAUAUUUUUAACCAUUUUAAAUUCAUUUUUAAAAAUUUUAAAAAUUCAUUUGCUAACCUGUAAACAAUUUGUGGGAGUUUUUUCAUUGUGUUUUUAAUCUUGAAAAAGCUAUAAAAAGCGAAUAACUUGCCGUUUUCUCGUUUGCAAACGUCGGAAAUUCAGUUUGAGCCGCCAUUUUGUUUUUCUCUACUAGCAGGAUACGAGCUAAUAUCCUGCUAGUAGAGAACCAAUCAGAUUGCAGAAUACCUCAUAUCCAGACCUUGUGUAUAUAAUAAAAACUGUUAUUCAUCAUGUUCCUAACUGGUCUUUCGUCAUUUUAGGACUCUCCAUUAAUACAUAUGGUAGGAGAUGGAAAACAAAAUAAGAGAAUAGACAAUUUGGAAGGUAAGAUUUUGUACUUACUAUAUCUAUGAGUAUAGCUAUAUGUUCUAACAAGUACUCUUGUAUUGCAUUUGUCCAAACAGUAACUUAAUUAUACUUCAUUCUUGAAUACAUAAUAUAGCGCAAUGUGCUGUCAGAUUUUCCAUUCUUUUUUACGAACUUUUGAGGAACAUUUGAAAAACUGUCCGAGGAAAAUUUAUUCAGGGUCCAAGAAAAAUUUAAAACCACUUUUCCCACGUCUGGAUAGUUCUUAAACAUAAACUAAAGCGUCUGUGAUUCCCAUUCUAUAUUAAUUCGUUUUUUAUUCAAACUCAAAAAACACUGAAUUUCUUGCCUUUGAUGGUUUUUUUUUUCGCUAACAUUUAACAUAUUUAACUGCAGUAAUCUAACCUCUCACCGGCGAUAUCUGACUGCAUGUACUAUACAUUCAGUAUAGCUACUGUACAUUCAGUUAUAACGGUGGCAAAUUAAAUUCGAUUCAAAAUUCAAGGCGAACAAACGAGAUUUUUCUGGUUAAUUGUAUCAGAGCUCGAUUAAGUGUUUGUACUAUUUACUUCGUUGCUCCUCUUGUUCAAAAAGAACAACGAUCUGCAUGGCGUCGUGAUGAGUAAAGGAAUUAAGCAAGGCUUAAUACGGGGACGUAACAAGAGAACAGCCUUAAAUUUUACACUUUUAAAUAUACAAGGAACUACUCUAGUUAUUAAGAACAUCAACAGGCCUCGUUUUCUUCCACAAUCGAAGAAGUUUUCCAGUUUCCGUCCUACAUGCUUAAGGUUGCUAAUGAUGCAGUUGAUAACCGGACAUAGUACAGCAAUGCGUUGCUCUGGAGCAUGCACCACAAGCAAAGACAUAUAUUACUAUUUUUGUAUAACUACCAAAGCUUAUAAUUCUGACAAACUAACAGAUUAACGGACUCACGUAGCGAAUAUAAAGCGACGCCACCGGCUGUUCAUAUGGAGCCAGGCUGGCCCAGUUAACCGGGGUGUUUCGUUUAAUAAAGUUCUUUCACGGCUUUGAUAAACAUCCAAAAUGACAUUUCAAAGCUGAACUAGCUAGUUUGAUUCCAGUUCCAGCUAGUAUAAACUAAUUAAGAUUAAACAUCAUUCAAAUGAUCGUUUAUGGUCAGCAAAAAAAAUUCGUGACACGCACGAUUCAUCCCGGCUAUAGUAGGGCUGGCACGUCUCAUAUAUGAACAGAGCCUAAGUCUGAGAAAAAUUGAAAUCAUAUUUUAUUUCCAGAAUCAGCCGUGUCUUUCUGGAAUGUGACAUACAAGGCAGGUGAUAUAUCGUACAGCAAAGCCGAAGGAAAGCUGACAAUCAAUGUUGAAGGAUUUUACUACAUGUAUAGUCAAAUGGCUUAUUGUGAAAAAAAAGAACGUAAAGUUGGACACACCAUGUCAAUUAACGGCAAUGACGUCCUGAAAUCAAUAAUAACUGCCAAAGAUUUAGGAACUCACAAAGUAGGAGGCAUUUUUAAACUCAAAAAAGGCGACAAAAUAGCGAUCAGUCCUGUUGUAACAAAUCUGGAAUACUGUUUUUCUAGACAAGAAGCUUACUUUGGCGCUUUUCUCGUUCGCAAGUAAGAUUAUUGUUCCUUUUCUUCCGGUGAAAGGUUUAUGAAUGUCAUCAUCCAGUUCUUUUGGAGGAAAUUAAUAAUCUGGUAAAAUUAACCAGCUCCACAAAUUCUAGUCAAAAUCUAACUGAUAGUUUAUGAUGUAAAGAGGAUCGGGCAAAGUUGCCAAGCGUUGAUAAAAAUGUUACCAGUUAAAGUGUGAAGUAUAAAACUAUAAAAGUUUCAUCCUAAAACACAUAAGAUUUGCGCAAAAGAAGAAAAUUCUAGAAGAGACCAAAUCAAUACUUCAAAAUGAUUGCAAAUUCAUCAUCAAACUAAUUUUCAGUAAGGGGGAAAACAUUAAUUCGUGUCUAUUCAGCCCUUUACUUAUAAAAAAAUAUAGUUAGUAACAGCUCACUUGAGCUAGUGUACACAGUAGUUGUCAAUGUUUGUGCACUGUUAGUGGUUAAUGGCACCUUACUUGUGAAUAAUUGUAGUAAAGUACUGUAGAUUUGUAUAAUGCACAAACCUUAGUUUUUGUAAUAUUGCAUGUAAGCGGCUGAUUGAAAUAGAGAGUUUACGAUCUACGCGGCCGGCUCAACGACGCGCUUUCCAAACAAAGAAAUUUGUCAUGCAAGACAAAAGCUGUGAAUAAUUCGUGGUCCCCAGGGUAUAUUCUCAACGGCCUUGUCGUUCUCAACACAACGUUUAAACUAUAUAAGCAUUAGCGUCUUUCAAGCAACGUGAAAGCAUAUUAUUGCGACACAAGAGGUGUGGCAUUCUCAACAAGCUUACGUUGAAAUUAUUUUCAACAAAACAGAAACAAUAUCUGUUCGGGUACAACAAGCACAUACAACGCAAAAAUUAACCAUUUUAAUACAAAAUUAUUAUAAAGUUUUACAAAAUUUGCUUUGUUUACAAAAGUUAUAUUGUGCAUAGAUUCCUAAUUUGUCCUCCAGAUGCAUCGUCACCGGCGCUGUGACGUCAUGUUCAAUGGGUCUAUAUUACGAGAUGUUUUAAUUUAACUUUCUGAAAAUUUCCCAUGUAGCAGCUCAAACGAGUCAGAGAACAUGACCAAAAUAGACAAAUUUAGGGCAAUUCAUCAUUUUUUAUCGUUCCUUUUCCAUUUAAAAAACAAACAAACUUAGCUUAGGUACUGCAGGUGUAUCUUAUAUACAGUGAAUUAUUCAUGAUGUUCUUGCACACUGAACAUUUCUUCACAAACUAGUCAAAAUGGUGUUUCAAUGACUUCAAUACAUGAACGCAUGAAUGAUGGUAUAUUCUCCCGCAUAGGGGUUAACUCCGGUGAACUUAGUCACCCCAGAUUUCCCCAGUGUGAUUUUAAUGCAUUCAAAAACCAAAAUGCGACAAAAAUACUCAGUUAUAAGGUAUAUAGCUGUAGAAUUGAGAAAAAAUCCUUGAACGCCCGAAACAAUAAAUAGAAACAAUCAUUUUACUUUAAUUUUUAGUUAUAUUUCGUGUCUAUCACAAGUUCUCAUCCAAGCAUACUAAGGCUUAAUGAGGUUUAUCAUCUCAUUAUCUAUAUUGUUUGAAUUGCAUUCGACACGACCGAAAUUCGACGUAUUAGACGGCCGGCCAAAACCGGAAAAUGUGCAACAAAAUUUGUUUGAUGGCAUUUUCUGUUACAAGCUGCCAACUGACAUUUUCGUAAAGUAUAUGCAUUAACAAACAAGACUAGACAUGUUGUGGCAACUCUAAUUUUGGCUUUAUAGAUGAAAAUUUGAGAAUUUGAAAAUUUUGUCUAUAAAAAGUAGGUACUAUGAUGAGAGAAAUGCAAAAUUACAAGUUCACAUUGAACAAAAAUAAAUUAUACCAUUAGAAAGUUCGCAAAAAAGUAUAUAUAAGACAUUUAAGCAUGUAGUAUGAUUUUUGUAGCCAAUUUUGUGCUUUUAACACUGGAAAAUUGGAAAAAAAACGCCAAUUGAUGCUGAUAGUUACUAUUUUGCCAACUUUAAGCUCCUUUAACACAAAACUGGCUUGAAAAUUCGCACUACUCGCUUACAUGUCUUAUAUAUACUUUUCAGCGAUCUUUCUAAUGGUAUAGAUUAUUUUUGUGAAAAAUGAACUUGAAAUAUUGUAUUUUUAGUCAACAUAGUACUUUAUUAGGCAAAAUUUUAAAAUUCUGAAAUUUUCAACUAUAAAGCCAAAAUCAGAGGUGCCAACAUAUAUAGUCUUGUUCACCAAUGUGUAAGCUAUAAGAAAAUACCAGUUGACAGCUUGUAACAAAAAAUGCCAUCAGAGUGUACAUUUCAGAAUGUUGGCCGGUCGUCUAUAUAAAACAGGCCUAACAAAGGCCAUUUCCGAAUUACAUGCGAGAUAUAUCAAGAAUGUAACGUAGGCUCCUUCUCAGGUUCUUUUGCACGCUCGGCGCUUCAUUGCAUUCGGAAAUGGUCAUUAUCAUCGAUGAAUUGUGUUUGCAGUUAAACCCAAUGCCAUGUAAAAAUAUUUCUAGUACAGUACAUAGAGAUAGAAAAUCGAAAAAGUGCAAAUAUAAUGUAGCUAGUAAAUUAUUUUUAUGUUCCUUGCAUAAUGUCAUGUAUAUAUAAUUUACUUUGUGAGUAGUAUAUUAUAAGUCAUUAACUAUAAAUGGAUUAGUUCAAAAGAAACCUUACGAAUACGAACAUUAUAAUGAUCGUGCAUUGAAGUAUAAUUAUAAUGAUAUCAAUGUUUUUUAAAUGUUGCUUGUCUGUAAAACACUGUGUUUAAUUUUUAACGCAUAGCUACUUCAUGACAGCCAGCAAGAGAAUAGCGGAGAGACAAAAUCGUAUCGUGAAGUCAGUCCUAUAAACGAGGUUCAUGUAAUCUGCAACGGACUGCAGCAGUCAUGUAAUCUGCAGCCAUAACGGACCAACGAUGUCGUUUUGGAAAUUACAUGACGGAUAUUCUUUGGCCCGACAUGAUCGAGCACUAAGCUAAAUUGCUCAAGAAAAUUCUCUUAGCUUGCGAAACGACAAUAAACCAAGCUAAAAAAGGAUUGACGUAAACUAUAGAAAAAAUGACGUAAAAGUUUAGACUUUAGUCCAUUUGACACCGAGUGGUAAAAAUCUUUUAGAUUGCAAACCACUUUCUUUCUUGACCACAACUUUACGGGCAUCAACUCCAUAGUUCCCAAGCGCACUGUGCCAAAACUUCC